ACACAACAAAGGUUGCAUAUAAAAGGAUUACCUAAUCCUUCAAACACUUCAGAACCUUCCUGUCUCUUUCUUUUUUCCAUUCUAUAAACCCAACCCAAUCAAAAAUCCCUUUUUUAUUAUUCUUGAAUUUUGCUCACUCACUGUCAUUCACUCUCAGAAAUGGCUCAAGAGGGAGGAAAUGAAGCCAUACCAAAAUUCAAAGAGAGAAGCCCAAUCCCAAAAGAUUUCGAUGAGAAGAGUUACAACCUCAGCGGAAAAAUCAUGCUUUCUGCCAUCGUUCUACUCUUCUUCAUCGUCAUUUUAAUGCUCUGUCUCCACAUCUACGCCCGCUGGUACCUCAGACGCGCGCGCCGCCGUCAGCUCCACCGCCACCGCGAGCUCCGCCGAACACAGCUCGUCUUCUACAACGACGCCGGCACCCCCGCCGCGGUCUCCCGCGGCCUCGACGCUGCCGUCCUCGCCUCUCUACCGGUGUUCACGUACGACCCCAAGGCACACCCGGAAAACGCGCCCGAAUGCGCGGUUUGUUUGUCUGAGUUCGAACUGGGAGAACCGGGUCGGGUCUUACCGAAGUGUAACCACAGCUUCCACACAGACUGCAUCGAUAUGUGGUUUCACUCGCACGCCACGUGUCCGCUUUGUCGUGCGCCGGUCGAGCGCGCGGCCGAACCGGAGGUUGUUAUAACUGUUAGCGAACCGGAAUCCGGUUCGGGGGAGAACCUAACCGGUUCUACCUCUUGUCCUUCUUCUUCGGUUGGCUCUAGGAAAUCGUCGUUGGUUGGUGUGACCGUUGAGGUGCCUCCGCGGGACGAGAAUUUGCGUGACGAGAAUACGUCGUCGUUUCGGUCGCCGAUGAGUCGCAUGUUAUCGUUUACGAGGAUUCUUAGCAGGGAACGGAGGGGAAACACGUCCCCGUCGUCUAGCGGCGGUGAUUGUAGCUCCGCCGCCCAGUCCGAGGCCGAGCGAGUGAGCGAGAGGAGACCCAGUGAGUCUUGACUCGAAUGCCGACGUGGCUCUACAAACAAAACCAUGUGUAGCGCGUGGUGGUUGGUUUUUGUUGUCGCGUGUGGAUUUUAGUGAAGGCGGUGCGUUAAGCGGCGCGUGAGGGUAGGUAGCUGUGACUGGAAUGUUGGCGUUGAACAUAAAUAGGUUUAUAUUUUUUUCUAUUUGUUGCUUACUUUGGAGUUCCUUAAACAAUGACAAUAGAAUACCAAAAUUAUUUGAUAAUUCAAUGUUUGUAUAUAGUCGGCAAAGCAGAACAAUUUUAAAGAUAUAUUUUCUUUUAA